ACCGUCGAGCGGCCACAGGCUCUUCUCUGCGUUGCAGACAACUCCGCUCAUCUGCUUGGUGCCUGGUACAAAAACGAGCACACCCGCGCACGUUCGUGAAGGGCACGUAAAGGGUCGAUGCUAUCCUUGAAAGCGCUUUCAUAACAGUCUUCCCCAACUGCAGACUGUUGAUCGACACACGACUUACACAUGCUUGUUAGCCAGCAUGUUUUAUAGGCGUCAGAACUUACGCUAUUUGCUCAGCCUUGUCCCGGGUAAACGUCGUUUUGGGAUGUACAGGUUCCUUCCUGUCUUCUUUUGCAUUGGAGGCGUCAUGGAGUGGAUCAUGAUCAACGUGAGGAUAGGAAGAGAGACUUUUUAUGAUGUCUAUCGAAGAAAACAAUCAGAGCGGGAGCACCAGCAGAAGAUAACAGAUGGUUUAGUAGUUCAUAAUGAACCCGAAGCCAAAUGAAUGAUGGCCAGAUUUAAUGUGGACUUAACAUGUGUUGUCUAAGGACACAUUGUUGGACUCUUGUUCUCCUGUUUCCAACAGGCCGGAAUGGACUUCAUAGCAUGUUACUGGGUUAUGAAUGAGAGCGACACCACUUCCAACAUGCAGAUUUUAUUGUUAAUGUGAUCUUCAGAUUAAGAAACAUUAACGGUAACAAUAUUACUUGUGUGAAAUCAAUUGAGAUCAUCUCAAUGGUGGUCUUGCAAUGAUUUGACAAAGAGCCUAGGCCGAUGUGUUAGAAACUACUAGACAAAGUUAUCUCAGCCAAAAAAUAAAAAUACAAAAGUUGUUUGUAUUUAGAGAAAUCUUGGGUGAUAUUCCUCAGAUGUGUUUAAUGCUGUUAGAUAGCCUUUGAUAAACAAAAAUAAAUGCUAAGAGGUCUUAGCACUGUGUGGUAGGCUUGAUUAAAUGUAACUUAAGAACUGCAACUGUUGAUUUCUACUGUCUCUAUUCAUAUAGAUACAUGUAUAUAUAAUAUAUAAAAAAUACGCUUCCUUCAUUGUACACAGAACUCCACACGUCAAGGUUUACCUUGGACAAAAGCCUGCUUUGGUUAUUUCAUUUGUAUUGUCCAGUAGGGAGAGAGUGCAGACAGAUGAAACUGUUAGGGUGCUUCGACAGGAUGAUGGGGUUCCCAUCCAGUCUCACCUCGUCCAUGUUGGCCCGGAUGUAGUAACUCGUGUUACCUUUGCAGAAGGUCUCAUCUGUUAUUUUCUUGAUUCUGUUGUUCUGCAGAACAGACAGAGGAGACCAAUCCAAGGACAUUCUGUUGGCCCGUUGUGUAGCUACUACUGGCUCAGCAGGCAGAAACAAAUCUAACUGCUUCUAGAAAGCUUCUCUGAUUAAUUGUUGUGAUUGCAGUGAAUUGCAGAUGAACUUACAUGCAGAUGCACAACGUGAAGAGACUCUGGGAGUUGAGGCACUGCUGUCAGUUCAUUGUUUCCAAGGUAAAGAUAUGCCAGUCUUGUGAGUUUCUGCAACGACAAAAGACUGCUGUUUUGGACUGCUUGCUGUAUCAAACAUCUAAACACAAGCAAAGUACAUAAUGUCGGCAACAUUUAAGUAUGAGAUCGAUAGGCUUGCCCGCUAACUUACUUUAAAAGCAUUUGCCUUCACACCCUGGGUGUUAAGCUGGUUCAAAUUAGCAUUAAAUGAUACUAGUGUGGUAGGCAACGUGGGAAGUUUAGUCAGUCUGUUUUCUGCAAGAAAGAGCUCCUCGAGGUUGGGAAGUUUUGAAAAAGCUCCAUCGUCUAUCUCAGUGAUGAGAUUCCCAGUUAGGUCAAUUCUUCUUAAUGUGGCUAGACAUAAAAAACAAAAGGAGAGAGAGCUUGAAAGGUGACAUUCUUUGAAGAGGGGGAUGAGUUGACUAUCCUAAAGACUUUUAUUUACCCAUGUCUGCAAAGUCUUUGUUGCUUAUUUUUGUGAUUUUGUUGAAACGUGCAUAGAGAUAUGCCGUUUCCUUUGGCAGUGCUGGGACGGCUGACAUUUCAGGGGACACCUCCUCACAGUAAACGGAUCCACUCAGGCAAACACACAGCAGACAUGUCGGCAGCUCUGAAAAAAAAUUAGUGUUAUUUCAUCACAUUGUUUUUACGGAAAACAUUUUCUAUUAUGUGCCUUUUGGAUAAGUCGAAUAAUUGGUAUCAGCUACGUGAGAUGUGUGGCUUAAAAUGCACUAUACACAGUUUAGAUGAGGACACUUGGUCAGCCUCAUUAUUACAUAAUAUGAGCUUUAGCUACAUUCACAAAAAUGUGGAAGAAAGCCUCAGCAAGUGUUGCAUAAUCAGCUUUGAAACAGUUGUUAAAAACUCUUUAUCUGCUAAAACAAAUCUUACCAUCAGCUUUUGGAGCUACUGCUGGGUCAGUGUCUGGAUCUUGAGGGGUAUCAUAGUCUGGAAAUUUUACAAUGUCUUUCUGUAAAAAAGAAAGCUUCAUAAUAUCUUGCAUUUCCUCCCAACUCAAGACUCUUACGCAUUUCUUCUACCUGCUCAUUUACUCAGUAUAAAUAAACCCCGUAAGAUAUUUUUACCUUAGGUUUUCUGACUUCCAUGUAUUCUUCUUUUGCUGCAAAAGACAGUAGCCAUGGGAGCAUAAUGGAUGUGAAAAUUAAAGUCCUUAAUUGCAA